AUGUCAUUUUUGAUGGCUGCCUGCUGCAUGACAUGUCGUUAGAGUAAAAGUGUUCUGUGAUGACAAGUAUGUUUUGAGAAAAUAAUAACAGAAAUGGCAUCAGAUCCAUUGUUUGGAUGGGAUUUGACUUUUAAAACUGUAGAAAAGGAUAUUAAGAGAAAAGCUGAUGUUAUUAUAACUUUUAUACACUUUAACUUAAUAAAAAGAGGAUUCAAGAGUAUUGGUGUGGGUGAUGAGCGCACACUCUCUGGCGAUGAAGAUAAAAGUGAGCUUUUACCUACAGGAUGGAACGACAAUGAAAAUUAUACACUUCGAUAUGUCUUAGAUGAGAAAUUAUACAUUCUCCAUGGUUUAAACACAGAUGGAAAUCUUAUUGUUAAUUUAAUGAGAUCAGAAGACUUAGCAGUAUCAAAUGUGGCAGUGAAAAUAGAUGAUGCAGUUAAAGAGAUGAGUGGACCCAUUGAGAAAAUGUUGCCAUCACAUAAAGAUCUGAUGUUUAAUGUAAAAAGGGAUUUAAUUGAUACCAUCACAGAGAGAUCUACUACUACAGCUCAUACUCAGACAACAAGUAAUUCUAACAACAGAAGAGCAAAUGAUGAUCCUCUAAGAGUUCCACCAAGACCUAUGCCUGGUGUGAACCCUGAUACUCCUGAUCUUUGGGAGCUACCACCAGCAAAUUUACCUAACAUAGGAAGAUCAGAUUUGGAUCCAUUUGCUCCAGGUGGUGGUGGUAUGAUUUUCAACCCAUUUGGACCCCGUAGAGAUCCUGAAAACCCUGGCCUUGGUAUCCCUGGAGGUUUACCGAGGGGUGCAGUACCACCCGGCGCACGCUUUGACCCAUUCGGACCUCCCGGAGCUGGGCCAAUGCCAGGACGAAGACGUGCUCCGCCGGACGCUGAUCAUCUUCCACCUCCUGGGUUUAAUGACAAUAUGUUUUUGUAACCAUACUCAAAACGUUUUGUAAAGAAUGGUAAUAAAUUGUAUCUGUGGUUGGAAA